AUGGAAACAUCUAGUAUCGAUAACAAACUAGCUAUAGUGGCGAAUAUAAGAGUAGCACUUUUAACAAAAAACUAUGAAGAAAUGACUGACGCCCUUAGAAGAUUGGUCGAUUAUGCACCUGAACUUAGUUGGGAAGAAUUGGAAUGGUUGUCUGUGGCAUAUAAGCAUUGUGUCAAUUCACGACGUAGUUCUUGGCAUACUGUGAGGAAUGCACUAGACAGAGCUGAGUUAUUAGGUAAUGUCGGAAAUAUUACUAUAGCUGAAACCAUGUUGAGAGAUAUUGAAAAAGAAAUGCGUUUCCAUUGCAAGAAUAUACUACAGAUGUUAGAACAAAAAAUUAUACCAAAUGCCAAAGACGAUAAUACAAUGGUUUUAUGUCACAAAUUAAUAGGUGAUUAUAAUCGCUGUUUAGCCGAAUUCGAAGUUACACCAGCAAUAUUCACAGAAAAAAGUUUUAAUGCUUAUCGAGAAGCUUAUAAAAUUGGAACUAAAAAAUUAGAAGCAGUAAGUCCAGUGUACUUGGCUAUGGUGCUCAACUAUUCGUUGUUUCUAUAUGAAAUUUUAAAUGAACCUAAAGAUGCGUUAGAUAUAUUAGUGAAUGUCCGUAAUAGAGUUGUAAUGCAUAAAGAUGCGAAGAAACUUGAUGAAGAAACUAAUAUGAUCUUUGAGCUUAUAAAUCAAAAUAUUGGUCAGUGGGGACAAAGAGAGGAGGCAAAAAGAACGCUGAGAACUGAUAAUCCUAUCACACUUAUUUAA